AUGCCUUCCAGACGUCGGGGGAAAAACAAACCAACGCCGUUAGACAACAGUAUGAAGAAGGAGGAAAGUAUGGGGGAAGUUCAAACAGAAAACGACAGGGUGUCACGGGCGGUAGUAUCAAAAGUGCCUUCAUCCAAGCAAAGUGUCUUGAAAGGGCAACAGGCAUGCAGUGAAGACGUGGAUUUAAAACAUCAUGACAAGAAGAAGACAAGCAAUGCGACUACUACUUCUUUUAAAAAACCAAAAGCUCCAUUGGUGAAGCAAAGUGAUACCGAUACUUCUGGUCCUCCGGCGGCAGAAUGGUAUGGGUUUGGAUGGAUCAAAGGGAUUUUCACAUCCCUGUUUGCAAAGGAGGAGUUUAUUGAUAUCUCUGUAGCCCGCGAUGUGACAGCCGAGCAGGUUCGCACCUUCAAAUUAGUGGAUCGACUCCUUCCUCCAUUUGCCAAGCGGCCGGUAUUUUACACCGUGGAUUUCUUUUCCACUCGUCGUGUGAUGCUUGUCCUGUUGCUUAUUGCCAUCCUUCUUGGGUACUACAACUUUCAUGAAGACGUGUUAUCUUUUACUGCCGCAUUUAUCAUUGCAGAUGAAGAUCGUCCGGGUGUGCAUUUUUUGCAAAAUUACACGAUGCGCCGGAAACAUCCUGUGAUGAUUAUUCCCGGCUUUAUCUCCACCGCGCUUGAGGUGUGGAAAGACAACUUGGAGUGUGUGCAGGCACAACGGUCAAUAGCGUCUAAUUUCCGCCAGCGUAUGUUUGGCCCACGGUUGUUAUUUUUACUAUUUAUGGACCCUCUCUGUUAUUUAAGACUUUUUUCUUUGGACAAACGUACUGGCUUUGAUCCACCAGGGGUGAAAAUCCGUCCUGACAUUGGCUUUAGCGCCUCCGACUUCUUUAUGCCUGGAUACUGGGUGUGGGCUAAGGUGCUACUCAACCUUGCAGACAUUGGUUACGAUCCACAGAGCGUGGGGGUCUUCUCCUACGACUGGAGGUUGUCUCCACGUCGUAUGCACCAACGGGAUGGGUAUUAUUAUUAUCUCCGGAAUCAGCUUUUGUACCUGUAUGAAAAGAAUGGGGAAAAGGUAGUCAUCAUUUCCCAUAGUUAUGGUACAGACGUUCUUAUUGAUUUUCUACGUUGGUCAGACUCUCACGAACCAGGGUGGGUGGAUAAACAUAUGGCUUUCUGGAUCAAUAUCGGUGGGCCUGUGUUGGGUGUGGCAAAGUCGGUGUCCGCUGUGCUCACAGGGGACGCGAAAGAUACACUAACACUUCCGAGCCCCGUGCGUCAGGUUCUCGAAACCCAUUUGUCCCGCUCCCUCCGUGCGGAAGCAAUGCGCACAUGGUCUUGCCUAACAGCCAUGUACCCAUUUGGUUGCGAUGCCCUUUUUCCAGACAUCUUAACUCUUCCCAAUCGCACCCGUCUUACACCAAAACAGGUUCUUAAACUCACAGCGCAGCGAUUGCGUGAAAGCGGCCAUGAGGCGCAGAAGGAACACGUUGAGGAACUCUUGGAUCACUUUGACGAGCUUCCCUUCCUUCCUCGGUCACCGAAUUUAACGGUAGUUUGUUUAUAUGGCGUUGAUCGGCAAACAGAGGUGGGUUACAUUUUGGGCGAUGAUGAUUUCGUCAACCUCACCUACCAUCAGUUUGAACGUGCCACCAAUGGGGUAAUUCUUGGCAACGGUGACGGAACUGUACCCCUCAUGUCACUUGGAUACAUGUGCCGUGCAGAGAAUGGCUGGAAGCAGAAUGUGGGUCGUGUCAUCACGCGGGAACAUAAGCACUGUGCAGGUUCAUUGAUGGAGUUACGCGGGGGGACUAACAGUGGCGAUCAUGUUGACAUUCUUGGAAAUUACGACCUUAUUGAGACGAUACUGAAGAUUGUUUCAGGCAACGCAGAAAACGAUGAAGUAAAAGAUCGCAUUUACUCCGACGUGGAUGAGCGGAUUGCGGAGGCCGCGGAGUGCGCCACCAAAGGGAAUUCGAACCCCAUCCCUCAGUAG